AUGUUUAGAAGAAAGAUUUGUAUCUCAAAUAUACACAAAUAUUACUAGUGUAUGCCUGAUAGUUUAUUCUGCAAUCAUGAUAAUACGAGAAGUAUUUCAACUGGUUUUGUUUAGAGAAGAGUAUUUGACCAGUUUUGUUAACUUUAUUGAAGUCCCACUAUUCAUCUUUACAAUAAUGUUUGCAUCAGUACAUAGCAACCAGUGCUAUUGUACUCAUUCAUGGCAGUGGCAGAUUGGAGUGAUUGCUGUAUUUUUUAGUUGGAUUGCACUGAUAUUCUCCAUAAGGAAGCUACCAGUAGUUGGAAUAUAUGUGGUCAUGUUUAUUAAGAUUUUUAACAACUUUAUCAAGGUUGUUGUCCUUGCCUUACUAUUAAUCUUAGCCUUUGCAGUUCCUUUUUAUAUGAUGUUUUAUGAUCCUCAAGAUAGAGCAGAAGGAAUACGUACUCCAUUUAUCACUCCAUGGAGGACAACUGUUAAGGCAAUAACAAUGACAGUGGGCGAACUCGAUAUGGAUUCAUUAUUGCGACAGAAUAAUCAAAGGAAUGCCCCUGAUGUACAGUAUCCAGUGAUUACAUUUUCAUUGAUAAUUGUGUUUGUGAUUUUAAUGCCAAUUCUAUUCCUUAAUCUAUUGAUUGGUUUAGCUGUUGGUGACACUGAUGAAAUACAAAAAUCAGCUGAUACUUACAGACUAACUCUGAGGGUUGAAUUUACAUUACCUAUUGAAGAAUUUCUAAGAUCAUUUAGAAGCUAUAUUGAUGAAAAGGGGCGACUAAAAAAAGUUUCAUCUUUGUUAGGAAAGAUUGUAGCUGUCACUAAAAAGAAAGAUAAACCAAACAAACAUAAUUUCUUGAAACGAAAAAUUGAUGAGAUUGAGAAAUCUAUUAAAACUGAACCUCCAGCAACUCUAGCUGAUGUUAAAAACCAAAGCAAAUCAUUAUCUGACGAAAUGAAGAGCCUACGUGGUUCAGUAUCUCGGGAGGUGAAGGAACUACGUAAUUCUGUAUCUCAGGAGGCGAAGGACCUAUGCAGUUCAGUAUCUCAGGAGGUGAAGGAUCUACGCAAUUCAGUAUCUCAAUUGUUAGCUAUUGUUAACAGUAUGAAUGAAAGACAAGGAGGAGGAGGAACAGAAGGAGGAGCAUUGGGAGCCGGAGGAUUAGAAGAGGAUAUGACGCAACAGAAAUAAUUUUGCUUAGCUUGUGGAGGAGGAAGGAGAGUGAUUUUUAACGUUAAAAAUUAAAAUUAGUAUUGUGUGGAUUUUAUAGACUAUUACAUGCUGAACUCUUUUAUAUUUUGUUUUUGUGUGUUCCUUUACACUCCCUUUAUUGCUACUGCUCCUUAUUACUAGCCAAUAGUUUUUAUUUUGUGUGCCCCCUUAUUGCUACUGAUUGCUUUUUAUGGCUUUUGUUUUGUGUGCCCCCUUAUUGCUGUUGCUUUUU